CCACAUGGUCACUCCAGCAACAGCGGGAAACAGAGCCAGGGGGAGAUAAGGAAAGCACAGCCCAGAGCACGCACACUCCGGCUGGGGCCACGGAGCAGCGAGAUCCCCCACAAGACUACCUGCUUUCUGGAGCGUUACUAAGAUCAGCUCUCCUGUGGGCAGUGUGUGCAUCCCGAAGCAGACAGACUCAGGAGCACAUGGGAUAGAUCCUGUUGUCAACACAUUCCAACAGAAAGUUCAAGCUGCCCUGGAAAACUGUUGCACAGAGGCAACUAUGUCCAGCCUGAACCCCCAGAGGUCUCCUGGAGUGGUGCGCGCGAACAGACCGGCUGACCUGGAGCUAGCAGAGACGGCCUUCUCCUCUACAGAACUGGACAGGGACAGGACCCCAGUGGAUGACGACAGCUCCAACAUGACCCUGCCCGGUGUCCACGUCCACCCCUACCUGUCCCACCCCAGGAUGUCUGCGCGAAUGUCCAUCUACAGCACAGGCAUGCGCCCCACCAUCACCUACAGCUACGUCCAGGGGAAGGUCUACAACUUCCUGGAGAGGCCCACCGGAUGGAAGUGCUUCUUGUAUCACUUCUCUGUGUUCCUGAUCGUUCUGGCCUGUCUGGUCCUCAGUGUACUCUCCACCAUCCCGGAGUAUGAGCUGCUGGCCUACGAGACACUCUUCUGGGUGGAAAUUGUGCUGGUGGUUUUCUUUGGCGUGGAGUAUGUGGUUCGACUCUGGUCAGCGGGAUGUCGCAGUAAAUACGUGGGGAUCCUGGGCCGACUGCGCUUCGCCAGAAAACCCAUCUCUAUAAUAGAUUUGAUUGUGGUGAUGGCCUCCAUUGUGGUGCUGUCCGUGGGUUCUAAAGGACAGGUCUUUGCCACGUCUGCCAUCAGAGGGAUCCGGUUCCUGCAGAUCCUCCGUAUGCUGCAUGUGGACAGGCAGGGAGGGACCUGGCGUCUGCUGGGCUCUGUGGUCUACAUACACAGACAGGAGCUGAUCACGACCCUGUACAUUGGUUUCCUCAGCCUGAUCUUUGCCUCGUACUUCGUUUACCUGGCUGAACGGGAUGAAGUCGACUCCGGGAUGAGUAACUUUGCAGACGCUUUGUGGUUUGGAGUGGUUACCGUGACGACCAUUGGAUACGGAGACAUAAUUCCUCAGACAUGGAUUGGAAAGACCAUUGCCUCAUGUUUCUCCGUCUUCGCCAUCUCUUUCUUUGCACUCCCUGCUGGAAUCCUGGGGUCUGGCUUCGCUCUAAAAGUUCAGCAAAAACAGAGACAAAAACACUUCAACCGACAGAUCCCUGCAGCGGCCUGCCUUAUCCAGACAGCCUGGAGGUCUUAUGCUGUGGACAACUUUCAGACUGCAACCUUCAAGAUGUUUCUCAGGAAGAGGACUCACACCCCAGCUUCUGGUCUGUCCACUCCCAAGCCCAAGAAGUCGGUUAAAAUGAGAAAGAAGGUGAGGAGUACCGACUUGAGUCCCACGUCCCCGGUCAUCCCCAGUAUCUCCUAUGACGCGAUGCUGGACGGAGGGAGAGACAUGAGUGCAGACGUGUACAGCUCUGUGGGAACAGAGGCGGAGCAGUCCUGGCCCUCACUCAGCUCUCUACAAUUCGGGCACAACAACUCAGUGAAGAAGACCCCUGGACUACUGGAGGUCCCACCCCCGGACACGCCCUUGCACAAGCACUGCAGUUUCUCAGAUGACCUGGAGAUGGAGCCAGAGAGAGACAAUGACCUGUCCCCAGUGUCCAGUGUCUCACAGCUGACGGAGUCCCACCGCAGAGCCAUCCGAGUGGUGCAGAGGAUGCGCUAUUUUGUGGCCAAGAGAAACUUUCAACAAGCCCGCAAGCCGUAUGACGUGCGCGAUGUGAUCGAGCAGUACUCCCAGGGUCACCUCAACCUCAUGGUGCGGAUCAAGGAGCUCCAGAGACGCCUGGACCAGUCUUUGGGCAAAAUCUCACUGUUCCAGAGCAGCUCAGACCGGGCCAAGGACAGAGGCAGUAACUCCAUUGGGUCCAGGCUGCACAGAAUGGAAGAUAAGAUGUCUCACAUGGAGCAGACCCUGAGCCGCAUUUGUGACUCCCUGCGCCUCCUGCUGGACAAGAGGGACACUACAGGGGCCACAGAGGAGCCCCGGCACCCGCCCAACCUCCCCAGUCAGGACAGUCUGCCCUCCUACGAGCAGCUGUCCGGACCUACAGCUCCCUCUUUCCAAAGCAAUGAGAACUUUUUGAAGUGAACGUCAGCAGAGAUUGAGCUAUCAUGAGCGAUAUAUUGAAAUUGUAUCGUAACUGAAUUUACUGAAUGAUGAUAAAACCCUGUGAUGACUUAACACUCUGCAGAGAAAUGCAAUGUGAUUCAGUUCUUUUGAGUUGGAUGCAGCUCGAUUUGUACACGAGGAAACUAUAUUCAGGAAAAACUCAUAAGAAAAGUUAUGAGGAAUUUUAUGCAUCAGAAGUACUGCAGUUUUAUAGAAUUAUCAAACUCAUAAUGUCAUUUCUUUUAUAAAUCAUGUCUAUAGAGGUUAUGCAGAUGACAACAGAACAUUCAGAAUUUUUAGUGGCAACAUUAUAAUAUUUUUUUUUCCUGCAAAAGCUCAUAACACAACUAAAAUGUGAAAAAGCUGCUACGGUUUAAUAACAAAUAUAAAAGUCUACAACUCUGCUAAAUAUUUUGUUUGUACCUGACAUCCAAAACAAGAAAAUUAAGUAAACAGUUUGCUAAUAACAGGGACACUGCAGACGACAUGCACAUGUAUCACUGAAACAGACUUUGGGAUGACACACAGUUGAACAGAAUCUUUCUCUCCAUUAAAGACGUAAAUAACAUGUUUCUGAAUCUGUGUGUUGGGGAUAUUGAUUGUUAUGGGGUGAGUUCAAGUGUCAUUUUUCUCCCCUUAUCGUUAACUAGCUCAGGUCUGCAAAGUCACAAUAACAACGAGACGACUUUCUGUUUCCAUUUUGCUGUGUAAAGCUAAUUUAAGCUAAAAAACACACACACAAAAAAGCCAAGAAGACAAAAAUUAGGCCAAAGAAAUACAAAGAAACACAUUUAGUCUGUUGUGCUGAGCCAUAGUUCUGCCUCAGUGCCCCUCAGUUAAAAUGUUGAGUGGCAUUUUCAGAUAAAAUGAAGUCGUUGCAUAACCUCUAUAGGCUGUAUUCAUGCUCUUGAAUUUCAUAGUGGCUGUAUCCGAAUGGUCACACUAUCCCCGACUUAGGGCGCUAUUUAGGGGUCAUGCCAUUUUAGUGGUGUCCAAAUGUCCAGAGAGUCAAAAAGUAGUGCACUUCCCACAAGACAGCAUGAAAAGUAAUGUCCAGCGCUGGUUAUUAGGCACAACACAACUGAAUGAAAGCAGAUAGACGCACUGGUUUAUUGCACUCUUGAUCCGUGAUUACGACUCAAAUACAGCUGCGCAGGGUGACCACAUCAACAUUAAAAACUGGGAUACACCAGGUUGGGGUGGUUGGCAAUCAUAAACUUGUGAGCAUGUAAAUAAGAAAGUUAUUAAGCACUGCACACUCACUUUUAGAAAAUAUGACCCAAACUUUUUUCACGGAGGGCCAUAUCUUGAAAAAUAUUCAACACGGAGGGUCAGUGGUCAGUACAGUGGAUAGUUCAGAUGGGUGCAUUUAACAUAGUUUUGACUUCACACUUUAAAUAAGGCUUGAAAUAUUAACGUUUGGUCUGUUUGACAAUGCAGUGUGAUGUUAUUUAGGUUAUAGUGGUAGGAUUACUCAAGUUUGAUUAUGAUCAAUUGGGCCAGUUCACCUGAAGGUUUGAGGGCCACUAAAAAAUUGGUCUGAGGGCCAUAGUUUGGACACCCCUGCUUUAUACUGUUGGUGGGGAUCAAAUGGGGCAAAAGUAGGGACACCUGGGACAUUUCUUGUAUAAAACAGGGACAAAUCAAUGGUUUUGGAUAAAUCUGCUGAGGCAUGGGACUGGAACUGUCUUUAGUAAAUAGGGAGGUCUGGUGGUCACCCUACCGUUGCUGUGUAAAGUUGCUAGUUGUAGCUGGUUACCUUAGUUUGAGCUGUUAAAAGAUCAAUAAUUUCCACAGCUCAGCCAAAACCCUGAACCAUCCACUCCGCGUACAUGAGAUCCAGCUUGACAAGAACGAUUACUAUUAGUGCAUAAAUACUUAUGUGCCAAUUUUGUCAUUAUUUAUUAUCAAGUUUUAUCAGUUUAGUGGACUUUUUUUCACCCAGAUGCCAAAGUCACGUGACCUGAAAGUAGUGAGCUGUGUGUCUGAAUCGCUCUGUGAAUGAGUGCAUGAUAGAGUCCACCAUGGUGCGGGGGUCAGGGGUUAGGGUGGACAUUCAGACACAGACAAAAUCAUAAUUUGAGAUGGACGACAGGGGCCUAAUACUCUAUGGGAUAUUCACUGUUUUUGAAAGAAAUAUCCAAAUUUAUGAUCCAAAAAUGUUGAACUUUAUCUUUAUUUGUUUGGGAUUGGCUCCACAAACUUGCCUUAAUCUUAUGGCCUAAAGUCUUUUCAACUGACAACAAUCACAUCUUUGGGGUUGAAUAAUGGGCCACUUUCUGAAGCAAAAUUGUCACUUUUCGAUUUUAACCAUAAACCAGGUCAACAAAUCUACAACAGUCUGACAAUUAAACAGUAAAUUCCCCCAUAUAAUUCUGCCCUGUCUCCAGCUCAUUGUUAAAAUAUAAAGAUCCUAAAAUGUCAUGAUGCCAUGUGAGCCAAAAUUAUUAUUGUUAUUAACCUUUAUUAUUACGUAACUGUACAUUGUGUAACUUUUCUGGUGGACUGUCUGCCAAGCGCUUGUGUCCAUUUCGAUGUUAUUGCUUUGCCUGUAAUGUUCCACAGUAUGCCAUUAAACUUAUCUAUUUCCAUGGAGACAAGCCUGUAACACUACCAGGGCAUGUGGGUUUAAAUUAUCGACUGUAUAUAUAGCGGUGCGGGCGGGAAGGGGCAUUACCUUCGUCAGCCUCGCUCUGGAUUGGCUCUUUGGUUGCUAUGAUACUCUCAGUCAGAAUUCCAAAUAGGGGCUUCAAAUUCGCCUGUAUAACUGCUCGCCUCGAUGAGCUUCAUUUGACUGGAGUUGAACGCUAUGGGUGACGUCACACUCACUUAGUCCACUUCUUUAUACAGUCCAUGGUUUAAAUCGGUGAGCUCUUUGAUCCUGGUUGGGGCUGGAGUAAGACCAGAAUUACCCAUGGUUCAUAUUUUGUUCAGAUUUAAUCCCUCCACACAUUAACACUGCUAAAUUGGAUUAAUAAAUAUGUAUUAUAGCCUAGUGCAUACCAUAUGUUGAAAUAUGUGAUGAAAACUGAUGAUUAUGAGGUAUUGU